UCAACAAAAAAAAAAUAUAUAUAUAUAUAUAUAUAUUGAAGAAGCAAACUAAAGCGUAGCAGGAGGCCCCAGAUCCACAGAUCUACACGCGAAGAUCUCUCCACGACGACAGCAGGGAGGACGACGACGACGAGGAGGAGGACGAGGACGCAAGGGACGCGGGCCCCUCGUUGUGUUGUGUUGCGUCGCCAACUGUCGUCUGUACACCACUAAAAGUGGCACAAAUCGGGUUAGACGUCGCUCCCAGAGCAUUAAUGGCUCAGCCUAGGUAUGACGAUGGCCUGCAUGGCUACGGCAUGGACUCUGGCGCCGCGGCUGCGGCGAUGUAUGAUCCACAUGUCGGCCAUCGGCCGCCGGGACUGCAAGGCCUCCCCUCUCACCACUCACCGCACAUGACGCACGCCGCGGCAGCGGCCACAGUUGGGAUGCACGGCUACCAUUCGGGGGCCGGAGCGCAUGGUACACCUAGUCAUGUAUCACCGGUUGCUAAUCACCUAAUGAGCGCAAUACCCGAGGUACACAAACGUGAUAAGGAUGCGAUUUAUGAACAUCCGCUAUUCCCGCUCUUGGCGCUAAUAUUCGAGAAAUGCGAAUUGGCCACAUGUACGCCGAGGGAGCCUGGCGUGCAAGGUGGCGAUGUUUGUUCGUCGGAAUCGUUUAACGAGGAUAUUGCAAUGUUCAGUAAACAGAUAAGAUCACAGAAACCCUACUAUACCGCAGAUCCCGAAGUCGAUUCACUGAUGGUGCAAGCAAUACAAGUGCUUCGGUUUCACCUUUUAGAGUUAGAAAAAGUGCAUGAAUUAUGCGAUAAUUUCUGUCAUCGAUAUAUCUCAUGUUUAAAGGGUAAAAUGCCAAUAGAUUUAGUGAUUGACGAACGGGACACCACCAAACCACCAGAAUUAGGUUCAGCAAAUGGUGAAGGAAGAAGUAAUGCCGAUUCAACAUCGCACACCGAUGGAGCUAGUACACCAGACGUUUCUCACACCCAAGACUUUGCGCCGCUGGAAGAAACCUAUGCCAGUUAUCGCAUCAAGCACGAAGCGGACUUUUAAUUCGCUCCGUGUGUGUAUUUGUGUGCGUGUGUUUUUUGGGUGGGUGUUGCAGCAGAUAACCUACAGAUAAUGUCUCAACUAUCCCCUCCCGGCCAGAUCAGAAAGAAAUUUAAAUUUAACUACACGCAAAGCAAAGUUCUUUAUAUAUAAACUUUAUUAUAAAAUAUAACUUUAGUAUGUAGUUGUACGACUUAAGCCUAGGCUGCUUACAAGUUGAAAGAAAAUUACAAAAAAACAAAAACAACAAAAAAAAAAAAACUAAAACUAAAACGCUAGAAAGAAAAGUUUAUUCUUAUUUUGUUUGGCUUUUCAUAAUUCACUUCAGCAACGUGUAUACGAUUUUUCAAUACGUCCUUUUUCGAUGUGUUUUACAACACUGAAAGAACUUGCCAAAAACAAAAAACAAAAAAAAAAAAACAAAUUUAUAAUCUUUUUUGUUAGUCUUUCAUAAUUUGUUUAAUUUUUUUUUAAUAACUCUUAUUUCGAUACGUUCUUAAGGAGAGAAUCUAGAACCAAGUGCAACUCAUAUACGUAAAUGAAGAGAUACAUAAACAUAAAAGAAAUCAACCUGAGUUCAAAUGCAAAGUAUACGAAUAAAACAUAAAGUGAAACAUAUGUUUUUCUAUUAUUGUUUAACACGAAGAAAGAAAAAAAAAACAAAAAACCAGAUUAAAGUUAAUUUAAUUAAUUGAGAGAAUUGAAACGCGCAUAUACGAUGACAUUUUAAAUGAGCUAGGAACCUUGCGACAACUUAAUAUACGUAAUGAACGGGAUACUGUUUAGGUUAUGAUACAAGAUCAGCAAGAAAAAAAAAGAAAAGAAAACUUAAACUAAAACAACAACAACUUUAAGCAUUUACUAAGCAAAAUUUUUAACUAUACACAAGUAAAUACGUAAAAUGCUAAACGCGAUACUAUUAUUAUAAAUAAAUGUAAUUAUUAAUUAAUAACACAUAUAAAUACGUAACUACUACGUAUGUAUGUAUGUAUGUAACAACGGCGCAGCUUUUGGUGCUCAAAAAACAAAAAAAAAAAGAAACAUCAGUUAAGAGGUGGAAUAAGAUAAUCCCAUUGUACUACUAUCCCCCAAGCAUACUUGCAACUUGACUAGGCCCAUGCCAAACCAACCUAAUCAAUUUCAGUUGCAACUGCAACUAGAUGCGUUUGGACCUACCACUCUUCCCCCAUCCACCACCACCACCACCACCACCCCUUCCCCAAACUCUAUGUAUACUAUAGCGGUCUAACUAAAUGUACGUUAUAUAGUUCUUAGUAUCCGUAACGGAAGGCUACGUAUUAGUAGGUAUGCUAAGCUAAACUACAACUAAAACUAAACUCUAUGUUUACCCAUAACUAAUUUCCGAAGAACUCUUCCCAGCUCUAGGCACUUUCUCUAUCGCUAUAUUCUCCUACCUUUUUGAGUUUAUGCAUACUAAAAAUAAAAAAAAAAACGAAAAGGAAAAAAAAAACAAUAAAAAAAACUACCAAACAUUGUACUUAAUGGAACUGCACUCAGUUGCAGUCCAGCUAUAUGGGCAGUCAUUUGUAUACUUACACUUUACGAGUAGAGUAUAAAACCAAGUGGUUUAUUAGUGAAAGAAACCAACACACUAACUAAAAAUGAGAAUAUGUCAAAGCUUUUGUACUAUUUUUUCAACUUAAGAAUAAACAAAACACACAAAAAUCUUGCAAGUAGUUAUGUUUGCAACAUCAAAAAACGAAAAAAAAAAACAUAAUAAUAAUAAUAAUAAUAUUAAAUAAAUAUAAAUGAAUAGUUGUUGUACUUUGUCUCAUAAAAAUGCUAAAUAUGAAAACAACAAAAGUAAUUGCUGUAAUUAUAAUGUAAUUUUAGCAUAAAUCUGUGGCCAACUGAUCUUAGUUGCUUUUUAGUUGAAAACAAAAACAAAACAAAAAAAAACAAACACACAAAAAAAAAAAAAUAUCGCUAUACACUAUAUAAAAAAUCUGUUGCAAAAUUGGCUGCAACAAAUUGUUCCCUUUGAUUUUUGCUAGCUUUUGCAUUUUG